GAAGAAGAAGAAGGAAAGGAGACGAAGAAGAAGAAGUGUCACCGCUGGGACAAAAACAGUUCAAUUCAGCCUCCAGGGCAUUAUUAGAAAACCCUUUGCUGACUGAGUGAAUAUUUUAAUUUGAUAAUUAAAAACACGUAGAGUCUGAAAAGCUAAUAUAGAAGGGCCUCGUCUCAGCGCGUGUCCACCUUCUACUGGUGUGAGAUAGCUUAGCCUGUUAGCUUCACUGGACACCCACUCAGCCGUGUCCUUGUUUGUGGGACUUCACACGAGAAAUCCACCAGAGCUGCACGCAAACUAAUCCGGACUUUGCAUCACAACUGCAGCUGCACGUGCUGGGUCCAAACGCGGCUUUUGCACAUAAAGUAUUACGGAAAUCAACAAGGAAACAUCCUGCAAAACAAGGAAGUCUGAAUGAACUUUGCUGCAGCUGCAUUGCUUUAUUGUGCUGCUCGCUCCUGCAGCUCCUGUUCUCCCGUCCUGCAUUGCUGAUAUUGAUAUAUGUGACAGCGUCUGUGCGUGCAGUCGAUAUAUCGAUUCAUAUUCAAACGAAGCUGGGCUGCAAGCGUGCUAGAGCCAACGUGGGAAAGUAUUAAACAAGCGUUUCAGAGAUGAUUCCCGAAAAAGUGCCGAAGGAAGACGUCUUCCACGGGUCUGAGGAGCUGAAGAAGGAAGCUCACAUCCCCAGCUUUGAGAAAUACAAGGAGCUCUACUUAAAGUCCAUAGAGAAUCCUGAUGAGUUUUGGGGCGACAUUGCUAAAGAUUUUUACUGGAAGACCAAACACUCGGGUCCGUUCCUCGAAUACAACUUCGAUGUGACUAAAGGAGAAAUAUUCAUCAAGUUCAUGGAAGGAGCUUCAACCAACAUCUGCUACAAUCUGCUCGACCGCAACGUCCACGAGAGGAAGCUCGGAGAUAAAGUGGCCUUCUACUGGUGA